ACACACACACACACACACACACACACACACAAACCCAUAAUUUACUACACAACGUCACCAUGGCACCAAAGACUCCUAAGUCCGAGGGCAGGGCCGCCGAUGAUGGUGCAAAUAUCAUCGCUUUGUGCCAUCUCAUCAUGGCCUGCGAGGACUUCCAUGCCGAUAACGCUACGCUUGCUCCCAUUCUCAACCUCGCUCAAGCCAAGAAUGUUCCCCGAAAAAUCAAUACCAUUGUCGGUCCCUACGGCUUCGAGUUCAAGGGAGGCAAGAUCAUCAAGAAGGGCGAUGGUGGCGCCGACGGCCCAUCUGAGCCUGCCACACCCGCUGCCGCUCCUUCGGGCGAGCAGAUUGCCGUGGCUGUCACACCUCCUGCCAAGAAAAAGAGCAAGAAGCCCGCUGCCACUCCGACCAAGAAGCGCAAGCUUGACGAGGCGGUUGCUGUCGCCGCCGACGAUGAUCUCGAUGAAUAUGAAGUCUGAUUUUCAAGUCGUACGUGAGACUGAGACUGAACCUCGUUGUUUCCAGCGCAUGCUAAUAUUUUUCGGCACCAGAUUUCUUAUUCUUAGUAUGCAUACACCGCAUCAACAAGAAAAUCGUGAAUCAGUAUCCGGAAGAGGGCUUUCCUCGACACAAUCGACGUAUGUGUUCAUACAAGCGCGUCUUUGCUUCACAAGCCGAAUGACUUUGGUUUGGCGAACAUUCGUCGCCCGACACCGCCAUGGUUUGCAGGGAUUUCGGAAUGGUUUGGAGACUGUCUACCCAGCUUAGAACCUUCAGAUUCGUUACGAUAGUUCUGUCAGUUUGCAAAUAGAUUCAGCGCAGCGGUUGGCGUGCUGGACAUAGUUUCUUUGCACUGGUUGAGCCUAUAAUAAACAAUGGAUUUCCUCAAACUCACGCAUGCACACAACAUUGCAUUCCAACAGUAGACCACGCUCACAUUGUGAGCCAAUCAAGGCAUAUGUUCCAAAUGAC